GUGAGACCGGUUUUACUGUGGAUCUGCAAACGUCGCGUCACGGAAACAUUUGGCGCGUGAGUCGAUACUGUCGGCGCGCGGAUAAUGGUCGCACACAUGGCACAUUAUGGAGAAACUACACAACUGGACGAUGAUAAAAUUUCUCACUGAAAAGAGUUUUGCAAGCGUGAGGGGGAUGGCGGGUCACCAAUCAAAUGAGGUUUACUCUGACCUGAUUGGUUUAAUAAUGUGACAGACUGCUUCUUCUUCAUAUGGCUCAGCAUCAGUCCUCUGGGAAUGGAGAUAUCACCCCAUCAGAUGUGAAGGACCAAUCGACUGAAAGUUCUCACAGCAGCUCAGAUAAUACAGGCACAUCAACAGAGGAGAGCUCAGAGGAAGAGGAGGCCAAUGAAGAGGAAGACAAGAGAGAUUCAGACUCAGGAACACGAUCCAGUGCAGAGCAUCACAACGAUGAGCAGCUCAAGUUGUGCUGUGAGAAGUGUUCAGUGCUAAAGAAUACCAAAUAUGAGCUGGUCACCCCCAGGAAAAUGUCCCGAGAACGCCUGCAGCUGCAGUUGGAUGGUGAGGGUGUGUAUGAGUGUUCACACACCGGACUGGUGUUUGAAGUCUCUCAGCGGGUGAAGAUCAUGUACCGCAUUCUCUCCUGGAGCAAGUACAACACCUACUUGAGUGACUCGUGGAAAUUUGCUGGGCCCAUUUUUGACGUGGAUUGCGACCCGUCUAUUCUCAGAUCCGUCCAGUUCCCACACUCGCUGUGUCUGGCAGAUAAAGCCAAUGAGGUGACAUUCAGCGUGCUACAUGUGAAGAACAGUCGCGGUCUGAUCGAACCAUCGGCCGAUCACUCGGGCAGUCAUGUCAAAUGGAACGUGUCAUCUCUUUCUCCCGUGGGUCCCAUCGUCCAGACGUCUAAAGCAGCAGAGCAUCACGGGGUCGUUCAGGUGUUCAAAGAGGUUAGCCACGAGAACACUUUCUCCUUUAAAGUUUACCUGGCGGGAAACAACUGCUCUGAGGUCAAGAACAUCAGAAAGGAUAUUCAGAGGGCGAACAAAUGCAGGAGCAACAAGAAGUAUGUACAAGUAUACAAGCCACCUACAUGCAUACUAGAAGAGAACAGGAAGUACCGGCUCACCAGCGACCCGGUCGGCCACAUCACUCCGGAGGACAUGCUGUUCAGCCCUGCAAUUGUGGAGCUGAAGGGAUACUUCGAGGUGUUUUUUGAGGAAAGUCCUCCGUUUAAACUUUCUCUAAUGGAUGCUGAAUCUGGUCAUACUGUAUGGACCACCACCAUCAGAGAGGGAGACUGUGUGCAUAAUGUGGAUCCCCCCCCGAAACAAACUCAAGGCAGAAAGAGACACAGCAGCACAUCAGAGGAAGAACUCGGGAACAAGCUCAAGAAGAAAUCUCGAUACAUGGAUGAGUCAGAUUGUAAGAAGACCGCGGCCAUGGCUGCAGACCUCACUGACCAGCAGCUGAUGCAGGUGGCCAAGCGCAUGGGGAAAGAGUGGAGGAUCAUGGCCAUCAGCUACCUCAGCCUCAGUAAACAGGAUCUGGAGGAGCUGGAAGCAGCAGAGGAGGAUGUGACCAUGCUCAAGUUCAACAUGCUGGACCGCUGGAGAAGACGACAGCCUAAAGGACAGGCAGGAAUCCAGGAGCUUCAUACAUGUUUGAAAGACAACGAUGACGUGCCCAAUGAAGUCAUGGCUGUGCUGGACGAGAUGCUACGAAACAAUUCAGCUAAAUGAAUCAGAUGGCAGAGAUGUGAACUCUGAGAUUUGAUUUGUUCACAUUCAUCCACCUGCCACGAAUCUUACUGUCUGUGGACAUCUGCUGACCUCUGACCCCCAACAACCACUAUAAUACACAGAAUGCCUCAGGAGGGUCCAGGCAAACAGCAGUUGUAAAAAAAACUGUCAAAUGUCAUUUUAACCACUGUUUUUCAUUAGAGAAACCAAUGAAAUGGUUGAAUCGUGUGAAUCCGACAAGGCUUGUGGUGACACUAGAAUCUGGUGCUGUUUACAUCUCAAAAAUUGAACUGUAUACUUGACUGCAUGUUUUGUUUUUUUUUCUUUAUUUUUAACUUACAACUGUAGAUUUUUGUAGAUGUACAUAUUUUAUUGUUGGUAAUCAAAGAGCUUUUGUACUACUGCACUAUUGUCGUUUACUGAUUUAUGGGCUAUGAUAAUAAUGUGCACACUUAUUGUGAUCUCAGGCGCUGUCAUUCUCUGACGCGGUGCUGUUAUGACUGAUGUUACCGUAAUAUUACAGUACAUCAUCUCAUGAAAUUCAUGUUUUGAUGCAAAACACAUUCCAGAAAAACUUUUCAAAUGUACUUGAAAAUUAAUUGAAAAACUUUCUUUUUGUAGAUGUUCAGUGGUGUAAUGCGAUAUUGGUUGAGAAUAUUUGUGUAAAAGCACACCAUCAGUUUCUUUAUCUUUCAACGUUCCCACCCGUAUGAUGUACUUUCACAGGAGAAUCUGUGUAUUUUGAGGGAAUUCGAUUCAUCAUCUGACUUUUCUAUAAAUAAACAGUUUUGAAGAAGUGGUGAAAAUAUUUACUGUAACUGCAGAAUCUCACUAAACCCGUCAAAAAAAUGUCCUUGAAAUUGUAUGUUCCAUAUAUGAAAUUAAGUCUAUUUUCAUGACAAUUUUUUUAUUAGAAAGUAUUUAUACAUCACAGUAGCCUUUAUGCUGAUUGAAAUAAACAUUGAAUUAUGGUAGUUUUUACUCUAAUACAGAAAAAAAUGUCAUACAUUUUUGUGAAGGGGAAAAUGUGUGUAACCUUUGUGCGACCUUCGGGACAUUUUUGUCUUUUUCAUUUUCAUUUUUUUGAUCAUUUUGGCUGUGUUGAUGCCAACGGCAUAAAUUUUGCCAAAGGUGUGUAUUUUUUGGGGUAUUUUGAUAUUUCAACCUCAGUUCCUAUAAUACAUCUAUAAUACACUGUGUACACAAAAUAGUUACACUCAGGACCUUCAGGACAAAAAUGUCCCCAUUGAAACCCAUUAAAACUGCAAUAUUUGAUCCCAGUGCCAUUAAAGCAUAAAAUCAUGAACUCUAUGAUAUUAUGCUUUCAUUCUGGAGCCCUGAGUUCAGAAUUUACAUUUUAAUAUUUUCCACCAGAUGGCGCCAUUUUUCUCAUGUUUAGCCUAUGGAGCAAAUACAUGCUUUUUCCCUAUUUUCUGUUUGCUGUAUUAUAAAGCACUGCAGGCCAAUUGAAUAAAUGAUGCAGCUAAAAUUGUGUGGGUG